AUAUGUUAUCAAACUAGCAAAUUUUUAUGUUAAUCAUAUUAUUUUAAAGUAGUUUUCAUGAAAUAAUUAGAUUCAUUAACUUUUGAAGACGACGUCGUUGUUGAACCUAUAGAGAUUGAAGAAAAAGACGUGGAAUUGAUUAAAAAGAUUGCCUGUACAUAAAAAAGUGAGAUUUAAUAAUGCCAGCAUCGAUGGUAAAAUUCAGAUCGCGAAGUGUAUGACUUUAAAAUAACACUCAUUCUGUUCCCGAAAUCGUUGAUGUCAGCCACCCAACUUUUAAAAUCAACCAGUUAAUGGGAGUCGGUUAACCGCGUCGGCGAUUUUCGUGAAUGAUCCCAGAGAGCUUCAUCAAUCCUGUAUAACGGAAUACUUCAGGGACUUAUGGACUAAUUUUGAAAUAAUUGAUUUUCACGUUCCUGUAUCCCAGAAACUGCGAUACAAUCAAAGAGUUAUCAGCUCUAAAUCCAGAGCAGGGUCAGCUUCUGUCUAAAAAAGCUGGAAUACGCAGAAUAAGAACAUAUUAUUUUACUCAGAGCAAUAGAUGAUUAUCGUGUUGAUUAGAAUCCUUGAUUGUCAUAUGUGAACAAUUUUUCGAACUUCGAUGAAGAAUUUUUAUUUUAGUGGUUUCAGUUCUUUUAUGGUUUUUAUAUUACUAAAAUUUAAUUGAUUCCGAUUUCAGAUUAUUCCCAUAUUAUCGAAAUUGUUGCUGUGAAAAACCCGAAAUGACUGAAGUAGUUGAUAAGGUGUACGACAUCGUAUACCCAAGUCCUCAGUCCUUGAGAGAUAUCUCAGCCAUCGCAGUGGCCGUCCAACUAUGGCGUUUACACCUUAAUGAACACAUAGAGAAUAAUGAAUUAUUUAGAUUUUCGGAAUCUGUUCCAGACAUCUUACGUAAAAUUAUUCCCAAUGUUCCAACAGUCAUUGAUUCCCUAUGUGGGCAUUACGCGAAAAAGCUCAUAUACACUACGAGGAACUGGAUAUGGUUUCAUUUCAGCGAUAUAUUUAAACACCACCGCAGCCACCAAAACGACAUUUUAAACGAUUUCAAAGACAUUGUAGGUGAUUUCGAUGGAUCUAUUCAUUACGUUCGAACUGCUCAAAGGAUGUUGCAUUGUGAUGGAAUUAGUCUGGAGGAAAAAUUCAGGAUCGCCUGUGUUUAUUGUUUUGAAGACGAUAUCCGUAGAAUUUGGCAGACUAUGUCGGAUAAAAUGAAUUUGGAUGAGAUGAAUUUUUACGAGUGUCCUCAUUCGUAUUAUUGGGUGUGUUGCCUUAGAAAUGAAUUGGAUAGAAUACCAAACGUGCAAGGUAUUCCUGUUGAUGAUCUAAUGCUGAAUCUUACCUCAUCUGAUACUAUAUCUUCGUUCGAUUAUUUUUGGAGUCGUGCGAGCUUAGAAAAUCGAUACCGAAAAGCUAUAGAUUUAUCUGAGAAUUGUUGUUUACCAUUUUGUGGCCGGUUCGUUCUAUCGAAGUUGAACGAACUACAGCUGAAUGAGUUUAUCAUUCAGAAUGGCGGCGAUAUGAUUUACGACACGUUAACCAGUAAGGUUCAUACACAUUACGUUCCUCCAAUCUGGAUUUAUAUAAAGGAUAGAAUAGAUGAAACGAAUUUUACUAUUAUAAUAGAAAGAAUGUUACACAACGAGAAGGAUUACGAUUACCCCGACGAUCCAUCGAUCGAAAAAUACGAAUACCCUUUGAAAUAUUACAACUAUACAAAUUUGACGAUGUGUUGUGAAAUUUGGCGCCUUGCUCGGCCCACUUUGAAACGUUCGGCGAUUCAAAAUCUCUUGCCGAACAUUCCGAUGUAUCGCAGUAUGCCACCCAACUGUCCUAGAGAAGUCCGACUCUUGAUUACAAUCCUGCUGGAUGCCACUGCAGAAGAGAGAAGUGCCUUUUGGCGCAAGAAUUGGCUUAAUUUACUCCCAACGACUCGAGCUUCAGAUUUACGUCGAAUUAUGAAACUCUGCUUCGCAAACGAUAACGAAAUCAUCCAGUAUAAAAAGAACACGAUGGCAAGAUAUGAAAAUCUCAGCGAAACUGUCUUCGAAUUUUUCAAAGAUGGUUUUAUCAAAGAGUUGAGCAAUAUGUUAGAUUUUUGCUGUGUCGAUAUUCGUAGCAGCAACGAAUUGAAACGACGAUGCUUAGAGUCGAACUUCCUUGUUGAAUAUACUGCUCUAUACAUCGACGUUAUUUGUCAAGUGAAAGCGAUGCACGAAUUUAUCGACGGAGCUCACGAUGGCAACGCUCACCUAGCUAAUGAAUUCCGAAGUAAAUUCGUAUCCUGGCCAGAAACCGAACAGCGGUUACUAUGGUACAUUAAGAAUGGUUAUUUUAGAAAGGUGAAGGAGUUCGUUGACUCGUUUGCUUCGUAUGGUCAGAACGUAGACAGAUUGAAGGAAAGGUUCAUUGAAGAAUUGAAGACCUAUCUGAUCGAAGGUACCAUUUUGCGCAUGGAUGCUGAAUGUUUGCAGGAGUUUCUAGUCUGGAAUUUGGGCGAUGAAGACCAAGUUACCAAAUUCAAACAGUCCAUAUCGCCGGAUAAAGUAUUACGCAACAUGCUACAAAAUCAAGAAUCUUCUGAUGAUGAAGAUGAUGAACUGGAGCCGGGUGCGAAGCUGGUGAAAUAUCCUCGUUGCCUAGACGAGUUCCUGUUGUGGUAUUUUUGCACAACUGAGAAGAUAGACGAGUUUAAGACUAGAUUAGCCGAUGUGUUUGAGAUGAUCGCUCCUCCGACCCCAAGAAGAUAUUAAUUCGGUUGAUUUGUGGUAACCAAAGUCGAACAUGCUUAGUAUUCGUAUAUAUUUGUGCUUAAUUUUUUAUUGUUUAAGCUAUUUAUUUACUGUAAAUAAUAAAUUUUUUUAAAAUUUAUCUAUGUAUAAUUACUGUGAUUUACAUUAUUAUCGUUAAUGGUUAACUUAUAUGUGAUAUUAUGUGAAAUUUGAUCUUUUUUUUUAAACUAGUGGUUACGCAAUUUGAACUAGUAGUAGUGCAUUUAUUUUUUAUAACAAUUAAUUUAAUUAAGCUGAUUUUAAACCAUUUCUUUGUUAUAGUACCUAUUAUGUAUUUUAUACUUUUUUAAAAUUAAAUUCUGUUAAAGUAAAUCUUUCAUUUCUGUUUGAAAUCAUAUUAGUACAUUUUUUAUUUAAGAAUUUUCAUACUUUUUUACCUAUUUCUUUUCUCGUGAAAUUUCAAAUUUGAAAUUAAAUUAUUGUGUAUAAAUGUU